GUAAAUAGCUUGUCGCUCCCGCUCGAUCUCCAAGCGAAGCGCAGUGCCCCCAAGUUUGUGCACCGCCCCUGCGGCCGACGUUGAAUGGGGGUGCAGCAGCGUGGGGGUCGUCGGAAAGAUGAGCGCUGCAGCCGAGGGGGUUUCGGCAGCGGUCGCGACCGCCGACUCCAAGUCCCCUUGGACAACGUGAACGUGUUCAAAAAACCAUUCGCGAUGACAGCUCAUGUGCAGAAACGCAUGGUGGGGACUCAACGACCCUGGGAUGGCCUCGCCGAAUUGCUCGUGAUACAAGUGACUCCACAGGGAUUCGUCGAGGAGAAGCGCGUAAGCGGGGGCGUGGGAUGCCAGGACAGUGGACAAGCAAUCCAAGGAGCUUCCUCCGAGGAAGGUAAACAGCUGAGACCCCACAUUCUCAAGGCAGUCAACAAGCGAAGGCGCCAUGAAAAUGAAUCAACUUUCUGAGUGAUGGCACAGAAUACGUCUCGUCUCUGGGACUUGCGAAUGCUGGUAGAACGACUUUCAUUAGUUUAUCACGACGGCUACUCCGGAUAAAAUGUUCUCA